UAUGUUCUCUCUCUUUCGUUAGCCGGCCUUAGAGAAAGAGAGAGAGGGAGAGCUCAAACAGUCAAUGUAAAACGCCUCUCUUUCAAUUCAAACCCAUACCUCUCUCUCUCUCUCUCUCUCUCUUCGAACACUACUCAGGAGACGAUGAAGUACUCUCUCUUCGUCUUCUUCCUCCUCCUCGCGGCGGCGACUUCAGAUCUAGACUCCGACCGGCGAGCGCUACUCCUCCUCCGCAGCGGCGUCCGCGGCCGUCCUCUGCUGUGGGACACGAGCGCCUCCUCUCCCUGCACCUGGCACGGAGUCCACUGCGACUCGGGUCGGGUCACCGCCCUCCGAUUACCCGGAGCGGGUUUAUUCGGGUCGUUACCCGUCGGAGGAAUCGGCAAUCUGACCGAGCUCCAAACCCUCUCUCUCCGAUUCAACUCCCUCUCCGGUCCAAUCCCUCCGGAUUUCUCCAACCUCCUCCGCCUCCGUUACUUGUAUCUCCAAGGUAACGCCUUUUCCGGCGAGAUUCCGCCGUUUCUAUUCGCGCUCCCCGGAAUCAUCAGGAUCAAUCUCGGGGAGAAUGGCUUCUCGGGUCGGAUCCCGGGUGAUGUGAAUAACGCGACCCGGUUGGUUACGCUCUACUUGGAGAGGAAUCAGCUCACCGGUCCGAUCCCUGAGAUCACCAUCACUCUUCAGCAGUUCAAUGUUUCCUCCAAUCGGUUAAACGGGUCGGUUCCGGAUUCUCUGUCGGGUUUUCCUAUAACCGCUUUCGUAGGGAACGAUCUCUGUGGGAAGCCCUUAAACCCUUGCCAAGGCGACGCCGGAAGCCCCGUUUCUCCUCCGCCGGUUUCUCCGUCGUCGUCUGGCAAGAAAGAUAGCGACAAGCUAUCCGCCGGAGCUAUCGCCGGGAUUGUCAUCGGAUGCGUUGCGGGUCUGUUGCUGCUUCUCUUGCUUCUCUUCUGUCUCUGCAAGAGGAAGAAGAAAGAAGAGAACGGUCCGUCGAGAAACGUCGAAGCUCCCGUCUCCGCCGCCGCCGCCGCAGCCACGACCUCCGCCGUACCGAAGGAAUCGACGGCGAGAAACGUCCCUCCGGCGGAGAGCGGGGCGGUGAGUAAAGACUUGACCUUUUUCGUGAAGUCGUUCGGGGAGUUCGAUUUGGAUGGGUUGCUCAAGGCUUCGGCUGAGGUUCUCGGGAAGGGGACGGUCGGGUCUUCGUAUAAGGCGAGCUUUGAGCAUGGAUUGGUGGUUGCUGUGAAACGGUUACGAGACGUUGUUGUGCCUGAGAAAGAUUUCAGAGAGAGGCUGCAGAGUUUGGGGUCGAUGAGUCAUCCCAAUCUCGUGACUCUGAUCGCUUAUUACUUCAGCCGAGACGAGAAGCUUCUUGUCUCUGAGUACAUGUCUAGAGGAAGCUUGUCUGCGCUAUUGCACGGGAACAAAGGGAACGGGAGGACUCCGUUGAACUGGGAAACUAGAGCCGGUAUAGCACUGGGAGCUGCAAGAGCUAUUAGUUAUCUACAUUCGCGUGAUUCGACUACUUCUCAUGGAAACAUCAAGUCUUCAAACAUACUACUGUCUAAUUCAUAUGAAGCUAAGGUUUCUGAUUACGGUCUAGCGCCUAUCAUUAGCUCCACAUCUGCGCCUAACCGUAUCGAUGGCUACCGUGCUCCUGAAGUCACCGAUGCUCGCAAAAUCUCUCAAAAAGCUGAUGUUUACAGCUUCGGUGUCCUAAUCCUUGAACUCCUCACAGGGAAGUCACCAACACAUCAGCAACUGAAUGAAGAAGGUGUGGAUUUGCCAAGAUGGGUCCAAUCUAUUACCGAUCAACAAUCACCGACCGAUGUGUUUGAUCCAGAGCUCACAAGGUACCAAACCGAGGGCAAUGAGAACAUUAUCCGGCUCUUGAAGAUUGGUAUGAGCUGUACGGCUCAGUACCCCGAUAGUCGUCCCACCAUGGCCGAUGUCACCAGACUCAUCGAGGAGGUUUCGCAUUCAUCAUCAGGCUCCCCAAAUCCGGUAUCUGACUGAGUGUUUUUGUUUGGGGGGUCGAUUUCAAAAAUUGUUUGGGGUUGAAAUAGCUUUUUACGUCUUCCCCGCCCUUUUUCUACUUCUUUGUUUGUGCCCCUAGUUUGUUCGUUAAUUCUUGAGCCUCAAGUUGAGAUGAGACUUUGAAGAUUUUUAUCUUUCUAUUCUUCUUAAUUCGAAAUUUCUGGAAAUGUUUAUAAACAAAUAUUGUUUCUGCUAAUUUUUUUGUAUAAUAUUAUAUUAUUGGUUGUGUGUGAAUAA